AUGAUGGUCUGGGAGCGGGGCCGGGCUGGCGGCGAGGGGUCGCCCGUCACCCCGCGGGAAGCCUCCCCGCUGCCGGAGGGGGGCCCCGGGGCCGCAGCGGCGGUGUCCGGGCUGGGUACGGCUCUGCAGCCGCGGCGCGCUCCUCGCGGCGGGCGGCGAGAUGCCUGCGGAGCUCGGGCUCCGUUUCGGGCCGUUACCGUUGGAGUGAGAGGGAAGGACAUUGUUGUGCUUGGUGUGGAAAAGAAGUCUGUGGCAAAACUUCAGGAUGAAAGAACCGUGCGGAAGAUCUGUGCCCUGGACGACAAUGUCUGCAUGGCUUUUGCAGCUUUUAAUGUGCUGAAGGUUGGAGUGAGAGGGAAGGACAUUGUUGUGCUUGGUGUGGAAAAGAAGUCUGUGGCAAAACUUCAGGAUGAAAGAACCGUGCGGAAGAUCUGUGCCCUGGACGACAAUGUCUGCAUGGCUUUUGCAGGGCUGACAGCUGAUGCCAGGAUCGUUAUAAACCGGGCGCGGGUGGAGUGUCAGAGCCACCGGCUGACGGUGGAGGAUCCGGUCACGGUGGAGUACAUCACGCGCUACAUCGCCAGCCUCAAACAGAGAUACACACAGAGCAACGGGCGCAGGCCCUUCGGCAUCUCCGCUCUCAUCGUGGGGUUUGACUUCGACGGGACCCCGCGGCUGUACCAGACCGACCCCUCCGGCACCUACCACGCCUGGAAGGCUAAUGCCAUUGGCAGGGGAGCCAAAUCCGUGCGGGAAUUCCUGGAGAAGAACUACACUGACGAGGCCAUCGAGACGGAUGAUCUCACCAUUAAACUCGUCAUCAAGGCUCUCCUGGAGGUUGUGCAGUCCGGGGGGAAGAACAUCGAGCUGGCGGUGAUGAGGCGGGAGCAGCCACUGAAGAUCCUAAACCCUGAAGAAAUCGAGAAGUACGUGGCUGAAAUUGAAAAAGAAAAGGAAGAAAAUGAAAAGAAAAAACAGAAGAAAACAUCAUGAUGGAUCUCGCUCCUCGGCUCAGCUGCUGCUUUUUAAUUGGAGUGCGGGGUUGCUCUGUGCAGGGGGAGGCACCCCCCGCCCCAGCCUGUGCCCCUCCAGACCUACAAUAAAAACCUACUGAGUUGUUUUUUUUUUAAAGCCGUUAUUUUAAAGGUA